CACGGUGGCAUCACUAACACACAACAAUGGCAUCCCUAGCAGCCGCUUCCCGUGUCGUGCUGCACAUCCUCCCUCUUUUUCUCCUCGCUGCCGGCACCCACGCCGCCACGUUCACCAUCACCAACAAGUGCCAGUUCACCGUGUGGGCGGCGGCCGUGCCGUCCGGCGGUGGCAAGCAGCUGGACCCGGGGGCGCAGCCAUGGAGCAUCGAGGUGCCGGCGGGCACGACGGGCGGGCGCGUGUGGGCGCGCACGGGGUGCAACUUCGACGGGAGCGGCAACGGGCAGUGCCAGACGGGGGACUGCGGCGGCGUGCUGCAGUGCACGGGGUACGGGCAGGCGCCCAACACGCUGGCCGAGUUCGGGCUGAAUAAGUACAUGGGCCAAGACUUCAUCGACAUCUCUGUCAUCGACGGCUUUAACGUGCCCAUGGACUUUCUGCCGGCCGACGGCACAGCCGGGUGCGCCAAGGGCGGGCCGCGGUGCGACGCGGACAUCACGUCACAGUGCCCGUCCGAGCUCCGGGCACCCGGCGGGUGCAACAACGCGUGCACGGUGUUCAAGAAGGACGAGUACUGCUGCACCGGCACGGCGGCGGACAACUGCGGGCCGACCGACUACUCGAGGUUCUUCAAGGGCCAGUGCCCGGACGCCUACAGCUACCCCAAGGAUGAUGCCACCAGCAUCUUCACUUGCCCCGGCGGCACCAACUACCAGGUCGUCUUCUGCCCAUGAUCACGACCAACCUUAUAUAUCCGGACUGAGACUUGGUUAAGUUACCAUCUGUGUAAUGUUACUUGGCGAUACGACAUGUGAACAUCGAGCAUGACAUCACAUGCACGAUCCUAUUGUAAAAGCGUGGGAAUAGGUGAGUUGUGCAAGAAUAAACUGCUCUUGGAGCGAGACACACAUGAUAAUAAUGCUAUUAUAGCAAUACCAUGGACUAUAAAAAUUGAGUUGGAAA